GUUUACAGAAGACGAGAAAGUAGUGAUGUCGAGUUCCGUUGAUCAGUGUCUUUCUCCAUCAAAGAGCGCGCCGAUGGCUCACAACAACAAAUCGGUGAGCGAACGGCUACUCGCUCAACCCCGAAAGGGAGGAGGAGGGGAAUACGGAAGUCCCGUUCUGAGCUUCUCAGGCAGCGAAGAUCGGUCCCGUUUCCGAGAUCUCCGAGCUUUGCACUGCGGAUGCGGGACUUGGCUUGGGUCAUGGAGAGGAGGGAAUAGUGGUAGUGGUGUGUGGGGGCGAGGAGGGGGGGGGAGUGCGAGUAUGAACGGGAGCGCGAUCCCACCUGUCAGUGACAACCCUCCCGCGGUUCGCCGAUUACCAUCUCUCGAGAAAAAGCCGACACACAGGAAGUCGUCGAGCGGUGGGGCGACGUCGAAGUUGACUGUGGUGAGCAAGGUAGGUAGAAAGUUGAAGAGGGGGCUGUGUGUCCCGAUCACCAUCGCGGAGGAGGAGGAGAAGGACCGGGAGGAGGAGAAGGAGGAGGAGGAGGCAAACGGAGCAGCAGGGGAGAAGGCUCUGAGCGUGGACUCGUCUUUCGAUGCUGGAACUCCGCCGUCUCCGCCUUUGAAACAGCAACACGUGGCGUCUGCUGCUGAGGACUCCCAUGCUGGCCGCGGGGCGUCUUCCGAUCUUCUUCCUCCGCCUGCCAAUGAGAAGUACGAGAAGGGCAAAGUGAGCGACUCUUCUCCUAGCACGAAGGAGGAAGAGGAGGAGGAUGGUUCCGUCGCUCCUCCCGGCGAUGGCCUCGUGGUGGUUGUCCACGUCGACGGAUCGGCGCCGCCGAAGAAGUCGGUGACGUCAACGGCCAACCGCUUGGGUUUGUCUGGAGCAUGGAGGAGUUUGAGCGGCGUUCUUUCCGCGAAGAUGCGCAAGGCACGUACGCAGCAUCACCACCAACGGCCAGAGCACGACCAGGAGUCGGAUACGUCGGACAAAGAAGUGAAUGGCAGCAGAGGAGGUGAUGACAAUCGUCACGAGAGGAGCAGCAGCGCUGACGUGGUUGACGUGCAGGAGGACGGAGGUAGAUCAUCAGCGUCGGCAUCAGCCUUGCGAUCAAGCGCGAAUGCUGCAGUAGCAGCAGGAGGGGGAGGGGGAGGGGGAGAGGGCCGCCCAGCUCUGCGUGUCUCCCCACCUCGACGCCGGGUGCUGUUUUCUCCAUACGGCAGUCCUUCUCGUCCUUCACACUCGUGCCCUCUUUGGAAGGAUGGUGGCGAAGAAGUGCCAUCGGGAUGGGAUAACGAGUCGGCUUAUGGGACGCCUUGCGGGUCGUUUUCAUCGCGCGCAACCCCGGCAUUAUCCAGCUAUGGGACCCCCGUAGCGAAGUCGGGCCUAUUUUCACCCCUUCUGGGUGGUGGGAGAAGCGAUGGCGGAGAGCGCACGUUCACCACGAUAUCCCCGUUGACCGUGCCGCCGGGGUUAUCGCGGUCGCGAUCAUUCGAAGAGGCUUCCUCGGCCACUCGGCGACGUCCGGCUGCCUCUAGAUCUCCAGUCCGGAUCUCGACGGGGCGAUGGUUCUGGGAUCCAUCGCGGUGGGGAAGGAGGAGCAAAACCGCGCCAGAGGCCGCUGCUUCUCCUGCUGAGAUGAUGGAGGACGGAGCUAGACCAUCGGGAUCGGCAUCCGCGUUGGGAUCAAGCACCCCCGCUGAGGUCGAUCGGUAUAUCGAUCCGUCGGCGAUUGGCAGUGAUGUAGAUGGCGCUAAUGAUUCGCGUGAUGGGUUCGGCAAUCUCGAGGGGGUGAUCAGGAAGGCAAGGGAGAAGCGGGAGGAGGAAAGGAAGGAGUCGGAGGAGUCGGAGGAGGAGUCGGAGGAGGAGGAGGAGUCGCAGACGACGACGAGUCUGCGAGUGCUCAAGUCCCCGGUCGUAGUGCGCGGGGAGCAGCAGGUGAUCGCGAACGGGGCGCGGCAGCAGGGACAAGGAGGAUCAGGGAGGGUGGAAGGGACGGGCACCGUGGAUGAAAGAGUGGUAAUCGACGUUGGAGAUCGGCGACGCAAUCCGAACGCGGUUGUUGUUUCCUCUGCUGACGCGUCAGGGCCUUGUCGUGACUCUUCUUCUUCUGAGGAGCACGAUGUUGAAAAUGGAAAUGGGGAUGGAGAACGCUAUGGUCGCAGGGAUGGACAAGGACGACCUGUAGUACUUGGAGGACGAGCUGAAGGAGGAGGAAGAGGAGGAAGAGGAGGAAGAGGAGGGGAGAUUUCACCUUCACUUCCUCUAGCUUCGCGUCUGGAGCUUGUUGGGAAACUUGAUCUGGCGACUAAUCAAGAUCCGGAUAGGAAAUUGGGUAGAUAUGGCAAUUGCAAUGGAGAAGUAGGAGGAGUGGGAAGUGAAGGCGUCAGUAGAAGGUCGGUGAUGGAAGACGGGAACCCUCUACCUCUACCGGUUUCUUCUCAGGAAUCGAGGAGAGAGAGAAGGGUGGGUGAUCUUGGUAAUGGCUGCGAUCCAUCAGUGAGGGAGGACGAUGAGUGUGAAGAAGGUCCAGUUAGCAUAGUAGUAAGUGAACACCGUGGACUGGGUAUCGCUUUGAAACGAAGAGGGGAACGAGGAGUGGGAGUUGGGAGUGAGCAUCAUGAACCUAAUGGUGUGCUUUUGAAAAGGAGAGGGGAAGGAGGAGUGGGAGUUGGCUAUGAACACCGUGGACCUAGUGCGCCCUUGAAACGAAGAGGGGAAGGAGUGGGUGUUGGGGAAGAAUCAAGAGAGGCGGCGCUCGACGUUGGUCAUCGCGAUGGAAAGCCAUCGCCAGCAGAUACUGUCGAUGGUGAGAACGGCACCAUCGACGUUCCCAAGGACGCGGGCCGUGGAGAGCGAAAGGACGAUUCGGAAACGAAAGGUGCUUCGGUUGGGGAUGUGAUGGGAGAAGGAGGUGAUUCUCUCCGGUUACUCAAUCUCGAGGCCACGCUGUCGAAACUUCAGCUCGACAUUUGGGAGGACUCUCUCGCAGUCCGAGAUCGAGCAGAUCCAGCCGUCGACGGAGCCAAACCAAGCAGUGACAUCGUCGUUACUAAAAAUAGCAGCUAUGGAAACUCGAGUACCCCUCCUCCCUCUCUUAUUCCCAAACCCUAUCCGGUCCUCGAGACGUGAAACACCCACCGCCUUGGCCUUCUCUCUCGCUCUGUUUCUCUUUGCUGCACGAGGAGUGAGACGACGCAACGAUCCUCUCUCUCUCUCUCUCUCUCUCUCUCUCUCUCUCUCUCUCUCUCUCUCUCUCUGUGUGUGUGUGUCUGUCUGUCUCUGUCUGCCUGUCUGUCUCUUGCUUCAGGAGUAAGACGAGGCAACCUAUGUCCUUUUUACGCGAUCCUUGCGGACUCUAUUGAGCCCCCUGGGGAAACGGUCAGUCUUCCUCUUGCUCCACAUACCUCUGUCAUGUCUGAUCGUGCACUAUCUUGGAGGAAUCUCUUUCCCCUCCGUGUUCUCUUCAUUCCGCCCCCUCCCGGUCUCUCGCUCUUUGUCGGUCCCCCUGCUCUUUGGUAAAUUUUACCGCCCUCUCAGCAAACCUCUGUGUAUGAUGAAUCGCUUUCUGCCGCUGUUUUUGUGAUUGACAAAAACUUCAAUCCCUCGCUAGUAGUAGAGUAGCUAUCCUUUACUCGAGACAGUGAUUGAUCAUCUAUCUUUCCUGUUCUCUCUAAUAAAACUUGCAGCUAGGC